UUCCCAGGUCCUGGAACAAGUUGUCAUUCUUAUUUUAAACCCUUUGGGUUUGAAAAAGCUGAGUCAGCAGUUUUGAAAAUUUUUUUUUUCUGUAUAUAAUAAAAGAAUGACAACUGAAAGGACACCGGGAAUUACUGAAAGGUUGAAGGGAUGGUACAACUGGCUAACCACCCACGUACCAUAAUCCAUCAUGAAAGGCGUGUCCGACGCUUUUAACUCCAUGCGGAAGAAGGUUGUAAAACUGUACAGCGGUAGAGAGGAAGAAGAAGAUCAGUGGUACGACGCAAGGGAGAACUUUAGUGAUGAGGAUGAAGAGUGGUACGACGCCAAUCCGGAAGAGAACCUAAAACCCAUCCUAACCAAGCACGGCAUAAAAAAGAAGGUAAGGAAGUAUGUCAUCAAUCCUAACGGAUCGUACGAUACGGUUCACUUCCUCGAUAUCACAAGGGACGAGGUUGAGGCGCUCAUAAAUUCUGAAACAGAACCGAGGAACGUAAGCAUGUCUCUAGCAUGUGAGAUGGUAAGGAACGAUCCGAAAACUGAGGAAGAAGUAUCCGUCGUCGCACACUUCAGAUCAAAAACCCACAAACUCAUCGGUAUAGAUGACACGGAAGAGCCUCUUAACACCAUGAAGGAAAAAAUGCUAAAAUCCUUUUCCGAAUACCAGAAGCGUGGUAGCAGGUGGAGGCUUCGGAGGGUAGAUCUGCUCGAAAUUCAUAUCGGAGAAUACCAGCCGUUAAGGGGAAGAGGCUAUGAACCAUUAUCAAAGACAAUCAGGGAGAAGAAGGCGAUCAUCAAUAUGAAGAACGACGACGAAGAAUGUUUUAAGUGGGCUGUGACCCGCGCAUUAAAUCCCACAGAAGACCAUCCAGAAAGAAUUACAAGGAUUCUUAGAGAACAAGCCGAGGAACUAGACUGGGAAGGGAUAGAGUUCCCAACACCCCUAAACAAUAUCAAAAAGUUUGAGAGGAACAACAAUGUCGGUGUUAACGUGUUCGGGCUUGACGGAAGCCAUAAGGUAUGUCCCUUACGAAUAUCCAGUAAUACCGAUUCCAUAAAUCUCUUUCUGUGGAAGAACCACUAUAGUGUCAUCAAGGAUAUGUCAAGACUCGUAGGCUCACAGAUAAAUGAAAAGAAGAACAAAAAACACAUCUGCAACCGUUGCCUCAACGCAUUCGGAUCGAGCGAACUUUUGGAAAGACAUCUGAAGUUAUGUUCGAACAAUAACUAUCAGAGACACGAGUAUCCAGAACCCGGUACUACUACGGAGUUCAAAAAUUACGAAAGAAUACAGACCGUUCCGUUUGUCAUCUAUGCAGACUUCGAAUGCUACAUCGAAGGGAUGGACACGGUUGAGCGAAACCCCAACAGAUCAAGUACCACUCAAUACCAAAUGCACAGCCCCAGCGGAUUCUGUUACUACGUCAAGUGUUUCGAUAAUUCCAUUUACGGACCCAAGCUGGUACACUAUACUCAACAACACGAGGGAGAAGAUGUUACCAAAGAGUUCGUGGAUAUGUUGGAAGAGGAAGUUUAUGAUAUAUACAACAGGUUUAAAUUCAAGGAACCUAUCAGGAUGUUCUUCGAAGAUAUCGAAAAUUAUGAAAGGGCAACUGUCUGUUAUGCGUGUAGGAAGGAAUUCACUACGAAAGACCACAAGGUUAGGGAUCACUGCCAUUAUACGGGAGAGUACAGGGGUGCGGCACACAAUACGUGUAAUUUGAGAAUGAGAAGGUCAAAAUUUAUCCCGGUACUUUUUCACAACCUCGAAGGAUACGAUGCUCAUCGAUUUAUCAGAAACCUUGGUGUAAGUAGUGGAGACAUCAAGUAGAGAAGAUAGAGGUUGCUAGGUUUACCAAUGAAGAUGGAAAGGAGAAGAAGGUCAUAAGAGAGCUAAGAUUCCUCGACUCAUUUAAAUUCAUGGCUAGCUCCCUGGACAAGCUCGUCAAGGGUUUGGGUAAGGACGACUUCAAAAAUUUGGAUUUGAUGUUAGGUCGUAAAACUAAGGAACAGAGGGAGUUGCUCAAACAGAAGGGUGUUUACCCUUAUGAAUAUAUAGAUGGUUUUGACAGGCUUGAAGAAACAUCACUCCCACCGAAAGAGAAAUUCUUCAGCAAGCUUAACAACGAAAACAUAAGCGACCCGGAUUAUGAAAGAGCCUGGAACGUAUGGAAUACCUUCAACAUGAAAACCAUGAGGAACUAUCACGAUGUGUACCUGAUAACGGACGUCCUCCUCCUGACAGAUGUGAUGGAAAACUUUAGAAAGGUUUGUAAGACCAACUACGGAUUGGAUCCAAUGUGGUACUACACAGCAUCCGGGCUGGCAUGGGACGCUGCGCUGAAGUUAACCGGUGUGGAGCUGGACCUCAUAUCCGAUCCGGAUAUGCACCUAUUUAUCGAAAAGGGUAUUCGAGGCGGGAUCAGCACAAUUACCAAAAGGUAUGCCAGGGCAGAUAAUAAGUAUAUUGAACUUUCCAAGAAUAGGACCCGGUUGGAAAGGUUUAAAAGGUGGAUGGGAAAAAAGCUUUCCAAUCUAUCAACCGUAAUCAUAUCUAUGCUUAACAUGGUUAUCACAAUCAUUACCGGUACGAAACCGGUGGUUGGUCACGACGAUGAAGGGCGGUCUGCAUACCUCUCCUAUACGGACGCGAACAACCUGUACGGAUGGGCAAUGAGUCAACCCCUACCCAUCAAGGACUUCAAAUGGAUGGAUGAAAAGGAACUGGGGAAGUGGACAGACUACGGAUGCAUCCUCGAAGUGGAUCUAGAAUACCCUGAUGACCUACACGACAAGCACAACGAAUACCCCCUUGCACCCGGACGAAUAACGGUUAAUGAGGUGAGAAAGCUCGUUCUAAACCUCAACGACAAGGAAACAAUACGUUCUUCACCAUAAGAACUUAAGAGGCUGUCUCCCUAAGAUCCACCUACUGACUCUCGCGUUGAAAAUUAUUUUCCCUUCAUAUUUCUAUUAUUUGUUAGCCUUUGUUAGUAGGUAAUAAAUAUGCAUACAUCUUUUGGAUUCUUGUUUUAUUUUUCACGUUUUGCUAUAUUUUCAAUUUUGUGUCUGCCAUGGCUAUUUUAGACAGUUUCAGACGUAAAAUUAUCCAUUUUCAAAGGAACUCCAGAUAUGUGUACGACAUAAUUUGAUUUUGAUUUUUGGGUCAUUCGAAUGAUUUACAUCUAUACAACAACUGAACGGCAAUGAUUUGUAUAUAUUACAGGAAUUUUGGGUUUUUUAAAAUUUUUUCUAUCGCCAAUUUCGACUUGCCGGCAAAAUUGCGAAAAUAACCAUCUUUCAACUUUGUUUUUUUCAAAAGUGCAACCAGUUAUACACCCAGACUAAACUGGAAAUUAUACUACAAAUAUUGUUCUAUAAUUAUAUGAAAAAACUUUUUGGGGGAAACAAACUGGUGCGCUCUGAAUUUAAAUGAAAUAUUUGCAAAUUUGACGUGGCAUUAACUACACUCGGAAAUUAUCAUCUCAGUAUGACAUUGAACAAACAACUUAUAUAAUAUGUUUAAGACAUUUGAUCACGUCUAUUUGACAUUUCCAAAGAAAAAGAACAUAAUUUCACGCAUCACUGUUUGUUUUCGCUAGCAUACUUUUGAAAUAGAUAAAAACAAGCGUGUUCCUUGGUAUAAUUUCAAUCACAAAAAUCGUCAAUUAAGGGUUUUCUGUAUAUUCAUCCAUUUUUAUCAAAUAUUUAUUGCUGUAGUAUUAGCAUAAGCAUGCAAUCACUCUUGUGAACAUAAAAUAACAUACAAAAAUUGACGGGGGCAAAAAAUAAGAAACAAACAGCUAAUAGUAAAGCGGGUUUUCCCCCAAGGUAGCUAUUCAAAUGUGCUGUGCUAUUUUUAGACUGAAUCAUGUUCAUUACAUCAUUCUCUUUUUAGAAACGCAUGCUUAAUAAAUAUAACGUACAUGCACUGAAUUCAACUUAAACUAUUACUUUAAAACUGUCAUGGAUUUGCCUUGUUUAAAACUGUCAUGGACUUGACUGUAUUAAUAUCCUUGAAUGUUCAGAUGAUGUGAGCACUCACUUGUCGAGAUGUCAUCAGUCAAGUGAAAAACUUUGCGAAUAUGAGCUUAUUUUAUUGCUUUGCGGCAUCUUUGAUAUUUCCCAUGAUCAACUACAACAAAUGAGAAUUUGUCCCAACCAUCGGUAUAAUUUGGGAAAAUUCUCACGUCCAUCACGUGUUUGCCAAUACCCACUCCAUACUGGUUCAAACUCUGCCGUUACGGGGAAUCACGUCAUAACACUACAGCUUACCAAAGACGCACAUUUACUCUUUGGGAAAACAGUGCCUAUCGGAUCUCGUAAGUACUUAUUCUUAUCUUGGAAUCGUUUCCUUGAUUUUUUCUUCGACAGUACGGCAUGGACCUUUCUCUAUUUUUAGCAAUAUGCCGAGAAUGUAGAGGAAAGCAUAACAAAAAAAUGAGUAAAGAAGGUGAAUGGGUCAGAUUGAAGCCUGAUACCGAAUCUGUCAAUGAUAUUACGGACAAGUAAGUGCUAUUUUCUGUUCAUGUUGGUUCAUAUGUCUUCAUAUUGCGAACAUACAGUAUACAUGAUGACGAUAUAUGUAUGCAUCCUAUUUUACAGUGGCGCCGUGGCAGGGGGGGAGGGGUGCUUGCCCCCCCCCAAUUGUUGAGACCUGUCGGAAAAUUGGUAAUAUUGUUGGAAUCUUCGUGGUCAAGCAUACCUGCAUAUACGCAGGCCCGCCGAGUGCUAGUUCGGAAAAAGUGCUGAUAGCCAGAAAUGAGCGACAUAGUGAUUACGCAACACUAAGUAAUCACCCGUGCCUGAUUCCCAAUAUUUAUAGUAAAUUGUAUUACUAAUUCAACAAUACAAUACAAUUCCUGAGAUGCGAAGAUCGAAUUCGGUCAAACAAAUGCUUGCGAACAAACUGGGCCUAAAAUUGUGCUGUCUCGAUGUCAACAAACCUUCUCCCUGAGAAAUUCAAAAUCACCAGCGAGACCGUAGUGAGUUAGUUGACAAAAAGCAUGAAAAAUUGCAAAAUACGAUGUGAAAAUCCUUCGCUGCGCGUUUAUAUAGACAGUACAAAUUCCUACAUGCGAAGCUUGUUCCGGCAAGACGAGGUUCUUACGGCUUUGAAUGAUAUAAAAACGAAGAAAUAUAUUGUUCCCUUCCCUUGUCCCUGCCUUGUUGUUUUGAAGGUAGUUAAGAGCAUCCAAGACCGGUAAAAACUUCGUUUUGGUUCCAAUAGCAUGGCCAUAACUCGGUGAGAUUUCGGUCAAUUUCUUCUCCAAAACUGUUGUUUUGAAGCUCGUUUCUUGCUUGUCUUUAAUAACAUGCUUUUAAGUCAUACGCGCAUGUUUUUAUCGUUAAAUACCGCUGAAAUGUCGGGUUUUGAGCAAUCCUAAUGAAACCGAAGGCCAGACGAAAGCCGCGGGAUAAAGAUAAACCUCCGGAUCGUAUAUCACAAAAUAUUUCAAUUACUCAUUGACUUAUAUAUGUCGCACGUUUCAGGCUAUGUACGAAAGCAAUUAUAACGUUCUUAUCCGGAAACAUUUUUGACCAAAAUAGUUGUCGGCGGUGGGGGGGGGGAGGGGGGGGGAUAGUUUGUCGGAAAAAUACUUCCCUUGGCCCCCAGAAAACACGGGACCCACGACGCCCAUGCUAUUUUACCCUUUUCAAUUUAUCAUUAAUGAUGAUAUUUUGAUCAUUAACCUAAUAAUUUAUGAUGAUAUUUUGAUGUUUUAUCAACAUUUUUAUCGUUUUUAUCAACAGAUUGAAAAUGACAUCACUAUCGCCAUAUCUUACUGGAACAAUUUCUCCCUCAACUUCAUUGGCUAGUCCAGAUGCGACUGACAUGUGGACACCGCCACUUUACUAAACUACUCCUGUUCAAGUUGUGAAGACCAAUCUACUCCUUCGACAACUGAUGUCUACAACGAAUCUAUGUCUCAUCUGGCAAGUUUAAAGUCUUUCAAAGAAAUUUCACCAUUGUCAUUUCGACUAAAGGGCAGUUGGGAUGAAACUACACAAAGUGAGAAAGAAGCGUGCAUUGAAAAGGCUAGCGAAGCAUGCCAAGUACAGUGUGUAUUGCAAAGAACAAAGUCCAUGCCCAGAAGUUUUGCGUUAAGCGAUUCAAAACUAACUUGUUUUCAGAAAUCUUGCAAUCAUAAACCUAAUCUUUUCUGCGACAGAUGUGAAGAGCUCAAAUUCGUCCGUAGUGAGAUUGAGAACAUUAUUCGAACUCAUUCAAGCAGUGUGACCAGAUUAUAAAUAUAAAAUUCGAUAAAAUUUGAGAAAAUUAUGCUAAAUCAUGAUAAAUUAUGCAAAAUGUAGAUUUGAUUAAAAUAUGGAUGAAAUAUUAAUUUGUAAAACUGUUAAGUGCCAUCGGCCAUAGCAGAACGAAUGACAUACGAGUUUAUGAAAGUGAAAGUUUGAACCAGCGAAAGACGCCAUGACCAUGUAUCACGUGACGUGUCCAGGGAAUCUGACUAGCGCUAUACAUAUACAUGGUGGGGGCUCAUCUGGACUACGUCAAUAGACAUGUUAGACUACUUUCCUACUUUUCCUCAAAUUUCCACCCCUCUCCCUUACAAAAAAGCAUAUUUGAAAUUUGCAAAAAGAAGUUUUUCAGCAUCAUGCUAACAUUAUGCUCAAGCAGUUAUUUUAUUCUAAAAUUGUGCUAAAUUUUUCAUUAUUCCAAAUCUCUUCAAAAAUUUGUGAAAUUAUGGUAAAUCUGGUCACACUGCUUCAAGCACCAUGUAUUCUAACGAGCAACAAGGAGACUACAUAGACGAUUUCGGUAAAUGCAUGCAAAGAAAACAUUUUCAAAUGGAAAUGUCACAUGAUUCUUCGCUCCUGUAACCAAGAAAUGGCCAAGCAAAACGUUCUUGAAAUUCUGGACGAGAAUUCCGCGCUCAUUGUAAUAGACUGGGCAAUGAAAUUUACGCAGCGUCGCUUCAGAGAACAGGGCCGUAGGAAGCUCUUUUCGAUUGGGGGGAUGAAAGCGAGGGCCGAAGGAAAUUUUUAAAUUUAGAGUCUCUAAAAUGCCAUUUCCUGGACUUUGGGGGAAGAUUUAACAGAAUUCUGAUAGUCAGAAAACAGCGUUUUAGUAUGUCGGAAUUUACAGGAAAGUAUGGGCCAGACUGUAGUAUUAUAAAUGCGCGGCGGGAAUUUUCGUCGUAAAUGGCAGUUGCGCGGAAAUGAAGGCAGAACAUUUGAGAAAAUUUCGAAAAUCUGGAGUCUCUAGAUGGUCUGAAAUGGCAUUUUCAGAGUUUUCUUUCGCAAGACCCAACACGCAAAAGACAAAAUAAAUCAUUAGUUCAUCAAAAAUGUGCAGAUUUUGUGGGAUUUUCUUGAAAAUGCGCGACAGAAAUUCAGCUAAAAUUUCUACGCGAGGAACGAUCUGGAGUAUGAGUAAUAUCUUCAUUCUUUGCAGUUUGUCACAGAUUAAGGAGGCUCCCUACAGUUCCGUGCGGGAUGUUCGCGGGACAAGUACGGGAACUAUCCCACGCAACUGCAUCAUCAAAACAAAACAAAAAUUGACCAUGCUUUUUUAAAAAAUAAAGCUAUUUCUGAAAGGUUUCUAAUGGGAAAAAGCGUUGAAUAAUACUUCGUUUUGAGUGCCAAAUCACGUGCGAGUCUAUACAGCAAUUCUACAUAUGAUACGAAUAUCACUAGACCAAAAAAUAGCUACGAAACAAUAUUUUAAAAUUUUUUUAUACACUGUCAACUGACUCAACUGUAAAACAUUUGCAAAAUUGCAUAGAAACGUUUAAAAAGUUGUUUACUUCUCAAGAAAACGUUCACGUUUUUAGUCGUGUUUCUACAAGAUUAAAGUGAUUAUAUGUAAACAGAAAAAUAUUUCAGUUUCAUAGCCUAAUUGUUCAUUUUUAGCAAAAAGUACAAAACCAAACAUGAAACAAAAAAACACGUCCACCUGUUAUAGGCUGUUACAGCUCAUAGAUUGAGUAAACGGCAGGAUUCAAUUAGCUUCAACCUUGUUUUCAUCGAUUUAAUCCUUCACAAUAAUCCUUGGCUGUCCGCAGCACUCAAAUAAAUCGAAAAGUUGACAAAAACAAAACAGUAAAAACAACAUUGUGGCUCGAUUUUGCUGAAUAAAAACUCGUUCUGCGCCCGCGUACAAUCUUUUACUAGUCAGCGACGCUUUUCAAUAGGGGAAUUUCUCGAGUUACACGAGGCUAUUUUCUAACUUUAUUUGCAUUUUUCUCAUUAGUUUCAUCGGUGACCUAUCUUCAAAUUUUGACCACGAAUUUAUUUUGCGGUAAAUUUUAUAAAUUUCAAAUUUUAAAAAAAUCUGUAGUGUGGAAAUUUCGCAAUAAAUUUUUCGCUUUUAAAAAAAUCACACACUACAGAAUUUUUUUAAACUUUCACCACAGUUGCAGAGCAUCAUUCCUUAUAGAUAUAUGAAAUAAAAAAGAUAGGUCACCGACAUCGUUUUUGAGAUAGCGGCACAUUUAUGGGUUAAAUUGGAAGGCUUUAUGCUGUCGUCAUGUUGCCAUGGGAACAUUGACGUCGUCGAAAUCUAGUUCGAAAUAUUCCUUAGGUUACCAAUAUUGCCACCAAGUCGAAAAGAAUUCGCGUUCUGCACGAAUAAGCCUGUUUUACGGAAUUAUUGCUUAAACAAGAAUAACUGUAGGGAGCCACCUUAAAUGAUAAAAUUUGCAUGAUUUUGAAGAAAGAAUGAUUAUUACUACGGCCCUGGGGAAUGAUUAUUGCUACGGCCCUGGGGAAAAACAAUCCGUUUGGUACGCAAAGCGAGGAAUGAGUUGGCACGUGAGUAGCGUUAUUACUAGACAUCAAGAUACAAAUCGGCUGGAAGUAUGUACUUAUGCGCAUUUCGUUUCAAAAUGUUAUAAAAUGCGGAUAAUAUAGCCUUGCGAAGUUUGCCGUUUUUCAGUCAUUUUGCAUUACAACCGGGAAAUUGAUAAUCAGAUUAUCAAACUGAUUAUCAAUUUCCAUUUGUAAUACAAAAUGACUGAAAACGGCAAACUUUGCAAGGCUAUAUUAUCCGCAUUUUACAACAUUUCGCAAUGAAACUACGGAAUAUUACUAAUUUUGUGAUGCUCUUUCAAGCAAUGAUGAAAUUUUUGUCCAGUCUAGAUCAAAAUUUUACUUAAAGGGGGAAAGGUCUAUUUAUCUAAAAAUAUCAGUCUAAAAAUAACACAACACAUUUGAAUGGCUACCUUGGGGGAAAACCCGCCUUACUAUUGGCUGUAAAUUUUCUCAUUUCUUUGCCUUGUGUCAUUGCCCCCGACAAUUUUUGAAUGUUAUUUAUGUUCACAAGAGUUAUUGCUUAUGCUGAAUGAACUACAGCAAUAUACCAAUAAAUAUAUUUGAUGAAACUGGAUGAAUAUAUACAAAACUCUUAAUUGAUGUUUUUGUGAUUGCAAUUAUACCAAGGAACACGCUUGUUUUUACUGAUCUAUUUCAAAAGUAUGCUAGCGAAAGCAAACAUGCAGCAUGCAUGAAAUAUUGUUCUUUUUCUUUGGAAAUAUCAAAUAGACGUGAUCAAAUGUCUUAAACAUAUGAUUUAAUUUGUUUGUCUAAUGUCAUACUAAGAUGAUAAUUUCUGAGUGUAGUUAUAAUGCCAGGUCAAAUUUGCAAGUAUUUCAUUUAAAUUCAGAGCGCACCAGUUUGUUUCCCCAAAAAAGUUUUUUCAUAAAAUUAUAGAACAAUAUUUGUAGUAUAAUUUCCAGUUUAGUCUGGGUGUAUAACUGGUUGCACUUUUGAAAAAAACAAAGUUGAAAGAUGGUUAUUUUCGCAAUUUUGCCGGCAAGUCGAAAUUGGCGUUAGAAAAAAUUUUAAAAAAACCCGAAUUCCUGUAAUAUAUACAAAUUAUUGCCGUCAAGUUGUUGUAUAGAUGUAAAUCUUUCGGAUGACCCAAAAAUCAAAACCAAAUUAUGUCGUACACAUAUCUGAAGUUCCCUUGAAAAUGGAUAAUUUUACGUCUGAAACUGUCUAAAAAUAGCCAUGGCAGACACAAAAUAGAAAAUACAGCAAAACUUGAAAAAUAAAACAAGAAUCCAAAAGAUGUAUGCAUAUUUAUUACAUACUAACAAAGGCUAACAAAUGAUAGAAAUAUUAAGGGAAAAUAAUUUUCAACGCGAGAGUCAGUAGGUGGAUCUUAGGGAGACGGCCUCUUAAAACAAUACCUGAGCUUAGGGUUAAAACUCACUAAGAUACACCGCGGAGUGAAAUUCUACGAAAAACCUUGGAUGAAGGGGUAUAUCCAGCUCAACACGGACCUGCGUACCAAGGGUACUACAGACUUUGAAACAGACUUCUUUAAGCUUAUGAACAACUCGGUAUUUGGAAAGACGAUGGAAAAUGUUAGGAAUAGGGUCGACAUAAGACUUGUUAAUAACGAGGAGAAGUGGAACAAGCUGGCGCAAAAGCAUAACUACAAAUCUGCGACCACCUUUUCCGAAAACCUAGUGGCAGUUCAUAUGAUGAAGACAUCCGUAAAACUGAAUAAACCUAUAUACUUAGGGAUGAGCAUCCUUGACAUCAGUAAGACCUUCAUGUACGACUUUCACUACAAUUACAUUAAACCAAAGUAUGGGGAUGAUGCCAGGCUCCUAUUCACGGACACGGACUCCCUAUGCUACGAAAUUAAAACCGAGGAUUUCUUCAAGGACAUAUCCGAAGAUGUCUACGAAAGAUUCGACACCAGCAAUCUAGGUAAGGACCACCCGUCCGGAAUCCCAACGGGUGUAAACAAGAAGGUUAUCGGGAUGAUGAAGCUGGAAACGGGUGCAAAACAAAUUGAAGAGUUUGUGGGAUUAAGGUCAAAGCUAUAUGCUUACAAAAUGGCGGUAGACGGUGGUGAGGAAAAAAAGUGUAAGGGAAUCAAGAAAGUAGUUAUCAGAAAAGAAAUAACAUUCGAACAUUAUAAAGAAUGCCUCUUCAGCGGUGAGAAACAGUGGAGGAGAAUGAAUGUUUUCAGGAGUAGGUUACACGAAAUAUAUACGGAAAGGAUCGUUAAGGUAGCCCUAUCAGCAAACGACGACAAGAGGAUAAUUAUGAAUGAUGGAAUCCACACGCUAGCAAUCGGGCACAAGAGCCUAAGACAGUAGAAACCAAUUUUAAUAUUCGAAGGAACAUUAAAAUUCCGGCGGGUCUACAGUAAUUUUGUAAUUACGAAUCCGGACCCCAGUCCCAAUAUUCCGAUCGUGAUCUGCUGGUAUUCUUCCAUUUCGCUUGAUGGUUUAUAGUAAUCGUGAAUCGUCGGUUCUUUAUCCAGGGUCAGUUCCUCCUGCGCUUUCCGCAGGGAGUCAAGAGCACGGUUUGUCGCUUACAUAUCCGAUUUGGCGUCGACUAGUUCCUGCCUGAGUAUUGCAAUUCUGUUCUUAUUUUCCACUUGACUUUCGUACCAUCUUUCUUUAGCUUUGGCUAAUUUUUCCAACGCUUUGUUAUGCCUUUUCAUUUCGUCCUCGUAUCCACUGUGGUUUAAUUUGCUGAACAGGUAUCCGGCUCCUGCGAAUGCUACGGCGUUAAAUAGUCCUCCGACUACGACGCUUGUCAUCGCCCUUUAUUUAAAUGGAUCAUCCGGUACUAGUUUUUUGAACUGUAGGUAGUGAACUCCAACCGCACCAACUCCAAGGGCUACGGCUAGUUUUAGAAUUCCUUUCGGACUACUAGGUACUCCGAGACUGUCACCUGCAAUUUUUUUGCUUACCACGGACACAGCGACUGCUCCGAGUGUAAUAAUAAUAUUCGUUCAUAAAGUCCUUUCUAUCUCCCAUCCUUUAUUAUAGUAUCUAUUUUUUUCUUUUUCUAUAUUCAUUGUACAAGAAGUAGGUCAGUGCCAGAGCUAAAAUCCAAAGAUUCUUCGCCAGGAACGCAAUGCCCUUUGUUCCCCAUGACAGAACCUUAGCGACGAGGUUUAGUACGGAUGCUAGUACGGGUCCAAUCUUUCCGGCUAGGUUUGCCAUUGCUUUUGCGAACUUGCUAGUUGCUCUCGCUCCCUUUUUUGCUACGCUUCUAGCUCCCAUAAUAAUCGUGGUGAUGAUGCCAGCCACAGAUAUUGCUACGGCUGAUAUUCCAACUAUAUUUUCUCUUGCCCAUUUCUUAAAUCUUUCGAACCUUGUAAGGUCGUUUAUUUCUACCUCCUCUUCCACGAUGGACAUAGCUUUCGGUCCUUUUGGUCGUUCGUUUGAUCUUAACCUUAUUUCAUCCGCCUUCAAUUCUGCCAUGUCUGCCAUUGCUUCAUACAGGAGGGCCUUCUGUUCACGUCCUGCAGUUCGUUCGGUUCUAGCUAGUUCUUUCCAGUGAUUUUUUUCUAUUUCAAGAUACUCAAUUUUUUGCUUACCCGAGUUUCCGUUUACGUUCAGGAUACCCCUCAGUUCCCUUAGAUCAUUUUCUGUUAUAACUGUACUAUUACUGAUGGCUUCACUUUGAUUGGACAGUUCAUCGUCCAUCCUUUCAACGGUAUUUUCCAGUACGUUAUCCACAAGUUCCUGAGAAGCAUCCAGGUUCUGUCGUUCGAGUUGUUCCUCCACUAGGGCUGCAGGUGUUUUUGAAUGCUCUAUUCUAGCUUUCCUAAUCAGUUCCUUGUAUUCGUUUACGACGGAUUCCUUGUUCUUGUCCAUGGAGUAUAUCAUUCUACCAUUUUUCGAGAUAAUGAUUUUGACAUCUUUGAAUGUAGCACCGUUAAUUUUUGUUCCGGCCUUAUUUACGGUCAGUUUCAUUUUGUCAAAGAUGAUGGUGGAAGAUGGACCGUCUCCCUUAUUGAUAUUUACUCCAAGUUCCCUUUUGAGGAAAUCCUUUUUAUCCGACGUAUAGGCCCGUUUCAUUACUCCAACAUCCCGUCUGAUGUUCGGUGUGGAACCGCUGGGUCUUGAUCCAUCGGCGUCCGGAUUGAAUCCGAUGGGAAUUAAUAUACUUUCGUCUCGUCUCCCGUUGUCGUCAGUGAAACUUGUUUCUUCCUCCACCGUUCCAGCUUCUUCGGCUUCGCGGUCGUCGACGUGGUUUGCUUCGUCUAGUUCAAUGUCAGCCAUUUAUUUUAUAUCCUUAAUAUUUUCUUCUGGAAUCCAGGAAUUGUGUUUACUAUCGUAUCCUAACCACUUGACCAGUACCAUACCCUUCCUUCUUCUCAGAAUUUUCUCAACCCUAUACACAUCGUCCUUUUUGUCCACGGCGGAUAGUUCCCUUCGUAGAACUUUCCGAUGAUCGGUUCUCCGUCAUGACUUUCUAUUUCGUACAUGUUGGGAUCUCCCCUGAAUACUCCUACAACUUUGAAUAUCUCUUCCGUAAAGUUUGCUUCGUAUCCCUUGGUAAAGAUAUUUUUGUAUUUCGUUAUCCGGACCGUAUCAUCAACCCUAAAUUUAGGUAAUGGAAAUUCCCCUAAUCCGUGACCGUAUAGCGUGAUCCAUACCUGAUCCUUGUUCGACUUGCUUACGUCGGCAGGUCUCAUUAGUAUACUGCUGUGUUUGGUAUGAUUGUAGUUAUCCGUAAGCUCGUCUAGGGCGUCGACCCAAUUGUAAGUCCCUUUGCUGUAGAAAUACUUCCACAUCAUGGUUUUCAAAGUUCUGUUGAAUCUUUCAACGAUAGCUGCCUUUCUGUCGGAGUUUGUGGAAAAAUAGCGGACGUCGUGUUUUUGUAAGAGGUCCCUAACACCAACAUUGUAGAAUUCCUUUCCCUCGUCGAACUGAGCAACUUCCGUGUAUUUUCCAAACCUUUUCUUGAAUUCCUCCAAUAAUAAGUUCACAGCCUUCGUCCUAUUUUUCGUAUCCUUUCUGUAGACGGGAAUAGCAAAUCCGUACCGGCCCAGGAUCUCUACAGCUGUUAGUAUCCAGUAAUAUCCUCUGUUCUAUUUUUGUAUUUUCCCAUAUCCACCAAAUCCAUCUGCACUUGAUCCGCCAGGUCCUUAACGAAUGUCCUUUGAAAUUUGUGUUUUUAACGAUAGGCUUAUAACUUGUAUAGGUGUCCUGGGUCUUUAACCAGUCCUUUACUAUUUUCCUACUAAUGUCCAGUCCCUCCUCCUUUGCCUUACGGUAGAGCUUCUCCGCGGAUUGAUAACCGGUACUCGGAUUGUAGUAGAUAUCCCUUAACCCUUGUUCGGUAAUAAAGUGUUCGUCUUCUAUUUUAUUUAUGUGAUAUAAAAUUCGAGGAGUGCGGACAUAUCGACCUUAUCGCCGAUGUUCGUACCGAUACUGAAGGAGAAUCUGUUGUGGGAACCGUUAUUAACAUAAACCCUACUUCCGAUGUCUUUGAAAAACGUUGUUGUUCCGUUUAGAUGUUGGUCGGAUGUCACGGGUAGCGUGCCCACCGCAAAACUUCCAUCACCAUCUACGUCAAAAUUUAGGGAUGUAUUAACAACAUCACAGUCUAUGGUAAUAUAUUUAAGACCGGGAUUAAUAUCUAUAGGAUAGGGAGAUUUUUCCCACACUUCGGAGGUUAGGAUCCCCGUUUCUGGGAAUCCUAUUAGCGGAGCAAAUUCAUUUAAAUGUAAGUUCACCUUGGUUGCCGGAUAAAUUCUGCAGGUAUUGUCGUGCGUAUUUCGUUCUAUUGUUAUUCCGUCUGCCUUCAGUUUUUUCUUUAUUGCAUCGAAGGUCCAGUAGCCUUCGUCAAAGGUAAUUUUCUUCUGUCCGUAGGUAAUACUAUCGUUGACACCCGAACGUACGUUCUUAUAAGCCCAGUAGAUGGUCGCGUUCUUUAGGAUUAAUUCUGACCCCGCGUUCGCUAAUAUACUUGUCCGGAAAGAACUCGGUAGUUCCGUUUUCGAUAAACACCGUUAACUUCUUCAUUUUAUUAUAUGUAUUAAAUAAAAUGAGUACCAGUGAAAACUUCUUUCGUAACUAUUACGGACAGAACUAUGAAAAAGUAAAGGCGGCAGUACCCGUAGAAAUACGGAAGAUGAAGGAGGAUUUUAGGAAAAAAUAUCCGGGUGCAGAAAUGUCUAUAUUUGACUUUCUGGUUACAUUUGCAAAGGAUGGAACUUUAGAAUCCAAGGACAUAUUCUUCAAGAUUACGGACGCGGAAAGUUACGACAUCAAAUCCAGCACAUUCAGGGUAAAUAAAAAGUGGACGUGGUACCUUUACCAAUGGGAGAGAAUAUGGGGUAAUUACGGAACCGUUCAAACUUUUAAACAUAACAGGGAUCCACUUCCGUACAGAAUAAAUAGGUUCGAAAUUUACGUUUGCGACUGUAUUAACACCUCCCACAACAGUUUUGUAUCCAACUUCGCCGAUCUCAACACGAAGUGGACCGGUAGCACAAAGGAUAUCACCAGGGUAAAGUUCGAUUAUAUAAACGAUCCCUAUAUUGCAUCGAUACUGGCUGCUUACAUUAUUACGUAUAAGUGUGGGAUAAGUACGGAACACCUGUUGGAAAGCAAAGGAACCUCGAGGGUAAUCACAAGUAUUGCUAGGUAUCACCUAUACUACCACAUGCGUAGGUUUCUCAGAAAUCCAAGCAAAAUGACGACGUACGUAGCGAAGAAUAUGCUAAAGUCUCUACAAAGAAACAUGCCCACACAGAAAACGUGGGUUGACAAAUUUCACCGUGGACAAACAGAAAUAGGUUUCUGGCAAAGCAGACUUCCGGAUAAAAGUAGGGUUAGGAAUUACAAAUAUUCGUACUACCAUACCGGUGGUGUAAUGGGAAUUAGCUAUCAGGAAGUAGACAAGGUCGUUAACAACAGCGAUACGGACUACACCCAGUUCAUAGCUAAGAAAUCGGACGGGUUGACACCCCUGGGAUUAAAGCUACUUCAGCAAUCUAUCGAAAGUUACGUCUACUGCGUAUUAGGUGCCAAGCACAAACACGUUGGUCUAUCGUUGGUAGGGGGGCGAAUCCCUGCAAACUCAGGACGUAUUUUACAAACUUUUCAAAGACACCGUUGCGCAGGACGAUGUAUCGGUAUCCAUCUCCAUUAUGAGGAAAGCGAUAAAGGAUACUAACGUUGUACUUAACAUGGCAAUAUCACCCGGAUUAAUAUUAACACCAUCCAAUAUGAUUAUACUCAAGGAAAAAAUAGCAGGGUACAACAAUACACAGACACUAGCAACAAAGGACAUGAAGUUUGGUAGUAAUACGGAUGUUAACUACUCAAAGCCUAAGGAAAUAAAGAAGAGUCCGGUGGUAAAUCUAAACUCUAUACCACGCAAAGACCAGAACCCCAUACCGCAUCCUAACACAACAAGCAUACCGAAAGCAUCAAACAAUCUGGUUUACCUCCUCGGCACUAUGUUUGUUGGUGGGGUUAUCGCUUCAAGAUAGAUUUUCUUUCCGUAUUAAUAAAAGAAUGAAUAGCGACAGCAGCAAGAUUAAGGGAAAGUUGAAAAAGGAUAAAACCGUCAACGUUGAUAUAAAACUCAAUAGAGGUGGAUUAAAUCUCGGUUACGUUAAAUCCAAGAUAACCAACAUCAAGUGCGUUACGUCGUGUAAGGAAGACAAGGCGGGACCGUCGGCAAAGACCGCAAAGGAAGACAAAGCGGGACCGUCAGCAAAGACCACGAAGAAAGGGGAUAAAAAGAAGAAUAAAUAAAAUGGGAUGUUUACACGCAAAACCUGAGACCACAAAUGAACUGAAGUACGCCAAAGCCACCGGAAAAGGAAAAUGUUCAGUUUCGGAGUCGGUAUAGAACGCGGUGAUCUCACUAUCAACGCUCACACCCAAAUUGGAUACGUUAGCACAACGGUAAAAAAGUACGUUAAAAUAAAUGACGAAAACUCAAAUACUGCGGAGACUAACGUGGAUGAGUCUGGUGUCCUGCCUACUCAUCCCGAUAACGGUUGAAAUUCUUCUCGUCAUCAUAGCCCUUAAAUUACUAUUCCAAUUUUAAUGCUUGAUAAGAAGCGUUAAAAUUAUUCAAUGUAUUCCCAGCCCAGCGUCCGGAAUACUUUUUUACACCGAUCGUGUGGGGCUCUGCUUACCGGAAUAUUAAGUAGCUUCUCAUCCACUGUUAUGUUAAGUUUUUUACAUGCUUGGUAGGUUAGGAUGUUGAGGUUAGGAAGCGAUUUCAUUUUCGGUUCCUCGCGUCGUACACCUUCUUGAUGUCUUCCACGAUCCUACUCCUAUCCUUUACCGAUAACAUGGGGUAUGUUAUUUUCAUCCUCUUAAAGAAACCUUCGUAUCUGAAGUAGAUGUCGGACAUGUUUAGGUCCUUCACAAUCGUCUUUUUUGCGGUUGUUUUACUAGGAUUUUUUGUGGAUGUCUUGCUCUGACGACCGCACUCCAUAUAUUCCCAGCCCAACGUUUGGAAUAUUUCCUUACACCGAUCGUGUGGGGGUCUGCUUGCUGGAAUGCUGAGCAACCUCUCAUCCAUCUUUAUGUCAAGUUUUUUACAUACCUGAUAGGUCAGGAUAUCGAGAUUAGAAAAUCUCUUCCCCCUAGGCUUUUCUGCAUUACGAACUUUAUUAAUGUCUCUUUCUAUCAAAAGCCUCUCGUGCGUUGGUAGAUCAUAAUAUGUUAUUUUCCUUCUGGUACAAAAUGAUUCGAACCUAUCGUCGAUGCUCAUUUCCCGACGUCUCAUAAUCACACUUUCCCAACAACCGUAGUCAUAACAGGGAUUGCGGAUCUUGCCGGUAAUCAGCCCACACUCACGACACGUCCAUUCCCAAUUUAUGGGGGCAAGUUGGUGCUUGCAUCCCUCAGAACAGAAGUGCUUGUUUGGAAACUCCACAGGUUCCUUUGAAGCAAGGAGAUCCAAGUACUCCUUUUCCGCUUGCCUGAAAAGGACCAGCCAAUCAGGAGGGUCUGACCUCAGCUUACGCCGCUCUUCCAUUGACCUACGCUCCUCUUCCAUUAGCUUACGCUCCUUUUCCGGUAAGUGACGAAUCUCUCCCAAUACUGUCAUAGGAAAAUCCAUAUCUUUUAUUAUAUGGAAAAAUAUUUCUUUAAAUAUUUAUCGGGAUUACCUUAAGUUGAUUUUGAAACUUCUUAAGGUUAUGUUGCAACUAGCUUUGACUAGAAUUUGAACUAGAUUUUGACUAGAAUUUGACUAGAUGCCAAACCUAGUUAAGGUUAUGCUGAAAUCUGGUUGAGGGUAUGCUGCAACUAGCUCCGACUAGUCUUUGACUAGACUUUGACUAGAAUUAGAAAAAAAGUAAGUAUAUUAAAUAAAGGAUGGACGGACCAACAAUAACAAGGGCAGAAAAGACCCAAAAACCAAACGAUCCAAGAAGGGUAGAAUCGGGUAAAAGACUGGCCGCAAUAUCGAAAGAAGCAAAAGCAAGGAAGCCGAAGAAAGGCGUAAUGCUGAAAAUAAUUCCGAUCAAGGCGACUCGGUAAAUACGCUGAUUUACGCCGGAGUCGCAACAGCCGCUUUGGGGGGAAUCUACUACAUAUACUGCAAAGUCAGACCUACGGACAAACCCAAUCGCACGGCAGAACCACAAGUACAGGACGAGCCCAAACCGAAGUUCGAAAAAUUUAACAAUUAAUGUACUAUAAUAAAAGGAAUGGAAAAAAGAAGUCAGGAACUUACGCCCGGUUUCAAAAGGGCACUGACCUCCAACGUUGUAGGAAACAGGGUAUGUAACUUCGUUACAUUCAACCCGAACGAAUCCAACCCCGGAAACGACAUCCGCAUAGUAGUUCCGAAACUGGAACCGAACACCUGUAUCGUUCCGGACUCAUUUCGCCUGUCGUACAAGUUUAAGAACGAAAACACCAAAUCCUGGUUCAUGAAUAACCUCGGUAAACUUCUGUGGGGGUGAAAUCGUAUACGACAAUAACGGUGAAAGUCUCAUCGAAGUUUACAAGGAUCUCUGGAAGAUGGGUACGAAAAGAGCAAACAUGGUAGAAUACGGGAUUAUGAACGAAAACACAAGGAAGCUAUUGUCGAAGGAUGACACUGCCGAUCAGACCGCAAAAACGGAUGGUGACUACGACCUGGUGAUGGCGAAGGUAUACAAGGAGCAGAAAAUGAAACUCGGAAAAAUUCUCAAUGACCGCGGUCCCUACGCACCGUACAACAUGAAGAGCGGAUUCGAGCACACGAUAACCCUUCCAAAAGCCGACAAGAUUAUGGUCGCACAAGCGAACGAGAAGGUGGAAGGAUACACACUGAAGAACAUACACCUGGAAUACGAAACCAUAGAGAACGAGGAACUAGCCAAACGAGUAAACGCAGGAUACGAGACCGGUAGAUCCCUGUCAUACGAACACACAACACUGUUGAAAACAACCGUGUGGUCAAAGGAUGCUACAAGGUUCAACGAAACCAUAGACGUUCCAAGGGUAAGCAUGAGGGCUGUGGUCCUACUUUUCAGAAAAAGGACAAUAACCGACAGCGAGGAAUACGUCUUCCCAAGCAUCGAAAGGGUAAAGGUUAUGAUAGAGGGAAAGCCGAAUGCUGUAUACAGUCAGGGUUUAACAACGGAAAAUUUCUACGACGAAGCAAAAAGAUUGUUCGGAAUAGCCAACAACACCUGUAACGACGACAUAAACGUCAGGAAAUUCCACAAAAACAAAUUCGCAUUGGUAAUUGAUCUGAGAGCUGUCGACGACAACCAUAUCGUUGGAAGUGGAAAGAAGCUUCUCGGCGAUAACCCCGGAAUCCUUCUAGAAAUUGAAACGGACACUAUUACCGAAGACAUCCUCUGUAACAUCUUUGUGCUAUCCGAUGGACUCAUAAACAUCAGCGAAAAGACCCUUCAGGGUUAAUUAGUUAUUAAAUAAAAGAUGGAACCGCUGAAAACAUCAUUCAACAUGAUCAUUCUCGGAAUGACCGGAUGUGGAAAAACCUACUACCUACUGGAAAUGUUGGAGAACGACUAUAAAAACCACUUCGAGUACAUAUUUUUAAUAUGUCCCACAUACGAAUGGAACAAAGCGUACCAGGACUGGAAAUACAAUAUGGAUAAGGACUUUAUGGCCAUGCCCUGCAAGCAGGAUGAUGUAAACCAGUGUUUAGAAUAUAUACGUUUCGAAUUUUGCAAAAGGAACAAAUAGCCUUAUCGUUCUUGAUGACUGUGCUAGUAGUCAAUCCGUUAAAAACAGGACCAGCGAAUUGGUAAAACUUGGGUUUAGCGCUAGGCAUAUGGGAAUAUCAACCAAUGUCAUUACCCAACAACUCACAUCCAUUGCGAAACCCUAUAGGGAAAAUAUAUCCAAGCUCGUAACCUUCUACAACCCGAACGCAAAGGAUACGGACAUCAUAUUGAACAACUACCUUGCAAACACGGAAAAAGAAGAAAGGAAGGAAAUCAUUAAUACGCUAAAAAACAACGACUACGCCAGACUGGAAAUACUAUUACGCCGACCCUAUACCCACGAAACAAUUAUUCCGCAUAUUAAAUAAAGGAAUGGAAAUCAUAUUCGAAUCUGUAGAGCCUGAGACACCCGUCGCAAGCGAUCUGAGGGAAAAGCUACUAAAACUAGUCGAUGCAGGUGAAAUUAAGUACACCUCAAAAUAUAUCAAAAAAGCAUCUGAAAAAACGCUGGAAAACAUAUACAGGGACUACGAAAGACAACGUCUGGAGGAAAACACAAACAACCAACUAGCCGACGUUAUCAUUACCAAGUUUUCCGAACUCAUGGAGGCGCUGGAUGCUGUUAAGGAUGCCAAAGGGAUGAAAAAAGAACUGGAGGAAAACGAUCUGCUUAGAAAAGACAUAAAAAACCUUGUCGGUUACGUAACGCCGUACAUCCCACUCAUUGGAAUACUAAGUGGCGGAAUCACCGUUGGGAAACACGUGAUCAAUACAAGAGCGGGUUGUCCGGAAAAGGAAGAAUAAAGGUCAACAGUCUAUAGAAUAAACUUUUUUAUAUAAAAUAAAAAAGUAAUGGGUACCUACAGGAAAGUCCAGCUGUACUUCGAAUGUUCCGAAGAAAUGACGGAGUUCAUUUCAGAAAUGUGUGAGGACACGGACUUCAUGGACGCCGGCAUGACCUUCACGGACGAAGGAGCUAAUAGGGAGGUAGACACUAGGUUCUGUCUCGUGGGAGAAACGAACGCUAUAAUUAUGGGUGUGAACGCGAUCCCUUUCGGUCCACCGAUAUGUAUCGUCGUUUUCCUCACCGUACGUGAGGAUAUGACGCUUAGAGAGAUAAACAACUUCACGCUGGACUGUUCGGAGUUUGGUAUAAAUCUGGGACGACCCGACGAUUCCGCAGAGUCGUGGGUGUUUUCCAUACCGUCCUUACGUUCCCGAUCCUAUGGUAUGGGAAAUCUGUUUAGGAUACGGUGGAAAGACCGAUCGGUCAUGCCUGUUGAGUAUGAAAACAGCUUACCCGUCAGCGGUGUUGAUGCUCUUUAAAUUUUAAUGUUCCUACAAAUAUUAAAAUUGGUUCUGUCAGGAUUUCUGUAUCCGAUUAAUCCCGUCGCUGUAAAAGCCUCUUCCUCGGUGCUUUGGGUUUUUCCUCCAAUAUGUUUGCCUCAUGUAGCUUUACCUGGAUGGAAGUUACGUUGCUGGACACAUAGAUGCUCUCGAUUUUGACGAUCGCAUCAAGGCGGAACCUCUUGUCCUGGUAUUUCUUGUGGUCUACAGGAUCGUCUCCUUUCGGAAGGUAUAUCUCUGUUUCGCCGUCGAUCUUUACGUAAAGGGUUGGAGUGCUGCCCUUCCGGUAAAGACAUUUCAUAAUGUUUUCACCCGGCUUACCAACGUGAUCGGCGGACUCCUCUUCCACCAGUUUCAGGGCUGACACAAACUCCUCUUUAUCCCUCAGGGCUAGGGAGAUGGAGUAAUUGUCCUUACCGAACUUGUUAUUUUUGCUCACUCCAUAGGACAAGUAGUCCUCGAGUUCCAAUAGAAGUGGACCCUGAUCCUGUGCCGUUAAUUUGAUCUUCUUGGACCCGUAACUGUUUCCGACGGCAUCUUCGAAAGCGAACGAGUCUUUGGCGAAGUUUGAAACUUUGGUAAUGGACAUCCUUUUUAUUAUAUACAAAAAGAAAAUUUUUUCAAAAACUGCUGACUCAGCUUUUUCUUUCAACCGGAAGUGACGUCAUAGAUCACGCGAUCCAAAUCUGCACAGAAGGGGUGCGCAGUAGGGAGGGUUAGGGUAGGCUUAGGGUAGGGUUAGGGUAGGGUUAGGGUAGGGUUAGGAUAGGGUUAGGGUAGGGUUAGGGUAGGGUUAGGGUAGGGUUAGGGUAGGGUUAGGGUAGGGUUAGGGAAGGGUUAGGGUAGGGUUAGGGGAGGCUUAGGGGAAGCUUAGGGUAGGGUUAGGGGAGGGUUAGGGUAGGCUUAGGGGAGGGUUAGGGUAGGCUUAGGUAAGACUUUGGCGAAACUUCUGAAAGCAUUCUCAAGGCGGGGGUGGUGGGGCCUGCGGGGGCUGCGCAUACGUGGUUUUUGUAAACCGGAAGUGACGUCAUAGUUACGGGCAAGUCUGGGCGUGGCUGAUUGCGGUGGGCCGGGGGUGAUGUCAUAGUGGUAAACCGAAGUGACGUCAUAGAUCACGUGAUCCAAAUCUGCGCAGAAGGGUUGCGCAGGGAGGGGUUAAUUGAUUUUGACCAAAAUUAUCCCUCAUUAUCCUAGUGGACCAAAAUUAUCCCUCAUUAUCCCUCAUUAUCCCUCAUUAUCCCUCAUUACCCCCCAUUAUCCCUCAUUAUCCUACUGGCCCAGAACCCGCCAUUUCCCACUACUCUCGAGAGACGUAAAUGAUGUUAACCGGCCAUUUGUUGAUGAAAUUCAAUGCGAAGAACUAUUCCUAAUGUUAUCGAAAAAUUCCAGCAAACAGCUGUUCCAUAUAAGAUGACCAAAUGUUGUCCCUUGAGGCCCAUGAGUCCCUUGAGGCCGAGGGAAAAAGAUAAUGAGACAAAUUUGUCAAAUAUUCCUAAAUUAAGAUGUUUUAGGAUAUAGCUGGCCUUCCGAAACACCUUGACGAAAUUAGCCUGCUAUUGCAUAAUAUAAAAUUGGAUGUCUUGGUACUAAAUGAAAUUCGCCUUGACUCCUCUAUUUCGGACGACCUUAUGAGUAUCGAGGGUUACGAUAUACUGCGCUCUGAUUGAAAACGAAAUGGAGGGGGAGUAUGUAUAUACGUUAGGUGUUAUGUAAACUAUUAAAACCGUCCAGACGUAAUUCCAAACGAUCUAGAAGCCGUUUGUUUGGAAAUAAAACAAGCCAAUAGUAAGUCUUUCAUUUUUUCGAGUGUUUAUAGACGGCCAAAUACAACUGUUGACACCUUUUCAAAAAUUGAAAGGCUAAUUCAACUAGUGGAUAAUGAAAACAAAGAAGUUUACAUGAUAAGCCUGGUUCACAUUGAUCGGCGAUGUUCUACGAUCCAUUGUCUGCGAGCAACGAAGUAGAAAAUGCACAAAACAUUUUAUGUAUCAAUGACCACCGACAAUGGGCAUCGCAGAUGUUUACGAACAAUGUGAACCAGGCUUUAGGUGAUCUAAACUGUAAUCUACUCGAUUCAAAUUUGUCGAAUGUUAAAAUGCUUCAGGAAAUAAUGCAACUGUACCAAUUAACACAAAUAAUUGAUGAUCCUACACGUGUUACUAAAUCUGCAAAAUCAACACUUGAUGUUUGCAUUACUUCCUCUCCGGAUAAAAUUAUUCAAUCAGGCGUGGUGCAUCUCAGUGUAAGUGAUCAUAGUUUAAUCUAUGCAACGCAUGCAUGGCCAGAUAUGCAACGCAUGGCAAUCUAUGCAACGCAUGCAUGGCAACGCAUGCAUAGUUUAAUUUAUGGAACGCACGCUGAAGAGUGAAUCUCUACGGACUGAAUAACUCUUAGACUUGUCUUUACAGCUCGCUGUCUCGUACAGUGUCUCAACAGUACUGACUUCCUAUUCAUUAAUGUCUUACGUAAUGGCCAUGCAUUAAAAUAACUUGGCAACACUUAAUCACUAAUUCAACCACUUAGCAUGCAAAUCAAACUGGUCGAAUCAAAUCGAAUCAUGUUAAAUCAAACUAAGGUAAUUAUUAGUAAUACUUAAACAGUUUGUAAACUGCCCGAUCAACCCUCCGGGUCACGAUUAAAGGGAUUCUUCUUCUAAGAUUCAACGACACCUUUGCACUGAACGUUUGUACUCUCCACAUUUCGUCUUCAAUUUUACAUUACGUACGUACAACACUGUCUCGACCAGGGUAUACCUCGAUUACACGCGCUGGGUUCCAUUUUCCUAUUGCAACGUUUGAAUCUACCAUCAGUACGAUGUCACCGAUCUUGAACAACCUUUUUUUACUUUGCCAUUUUGCUCGUUGCAUCAACGUCUGUAGAUACUCCUGAUGGAACUGAUUCCAAAACUGCUGUGCUAGCGCUUGUACGAACUCGAAUCUCUUUUGACUAUUCUUUGUUUCACAAAAUAGACCUUGCGGGACUUCGGCUGUCGCACGACCGAGGAUGAAGUGACUGGGGGUUAUGGGUUAAAGAUCGUUCGCGUCGUUGGAAGGGUAUCCGAGGGGGGCGGCUGUUGACAAGACAUUGCACUUCAGCAAACACGGUUGCCGCCAUCUCAUUCCACGUAAGAACUUGCUCUCCGACUAUCACUCGUAAAACUUUCUUCGUCUGUUUGAUCAUAGUUUCAAAGAAUCAACCUUGGUGUGGACUCAGCGGUGUGUUAAACUUCCAUUUUACUUUGUGCACCAUUGCAAACUCUUCGAUUCUUUUCUUGCCUUCUUGGAGUAGCUUCUUUAGCUCACGUUCGCAACCGACAAACGACGUUCCAUUAUCCAAGAUGAUAGUGCUGGGCCAUCCAUGAUGGGAUACAAAUAGUCUCAACGCAUGAAGGAAUUCGAAAGCUUUGCUUGGCAAAUCUUCGACGAUUUCAAGAUGUAUCGCACGAACUGUUGCACACGUGAAGAGGGCUCCCCACGACCAUACUUCAAGAAAACGGACCAAACAAAGACGCCUGUCGUGGAUAACGGUUGUGAAAAGACCUUUAGUCUUUCUGGUGGAAGGUAUGCCAUUAACGUGGUGUAAGGGUACUGUCGGAGUUUGCGACAGGUUACGCACUUUCUGACAAUAUCUUUAACUAGGUUUCUUCUUGGUGAGAUCGAGAACUUUCUUCGAGUUUCGCAUAAGGUUCUUUCUCGACCAGCAUGA